AUCAGAGACAAGGUCAGCAGGUCUACAAGAGCAUGAUGGACUGCCUUAUCAAGACAGUUCGAUCAGAGGGGUACUUUGGCAUGUACAGAGACGUGGGUCCCCCUGGGAUAUUGAAGGCUAGCCGAUAAGGCGCAGCCACGCUGGAGGCAAAUCAUAUAAUGGUUCUUACAAUAUUGCUCUAUUUAAAACUAUAGGCACAAGUGUUUGUUUUGCCAUCUAUUUGUUCUGUAUUUUGACUUCUCGUUAAUAACUACUUGGCUGUCUCUUCACUGUCCUGUCAACUCGUACAUCCUCAUUUUUUCCGACUGUAUAAAGUGUGUCCUUGCAGACUUUGGUUGAUCUUGAAAAUGAAUUUGUGGCGAACUAACUAAAGUUUUAUUUUAGCUAGUCUCACAGAUCAGUUUUUAAGUUUGUCUAAAGUCUGCACACACAGUACAUGCACAAGGAUUCGGGCUGUCCUCUCACUAAACUCUAAUGAUUUCUCUUGUCUGUUGUCAUUAACCUACCUACCUGUAAAGUGGGCCUUUUUUUUUCUUUUCUUUUUUUUAAAUCAUAAACUGACUCGCUGUACUUCAUAGACUUGGUGUGUGCAUCUUUCUGUGGAUAUUCAUCACCCUCCUCAUUUCUUGUCUUUUGUCUUGCUUGUUCCUCAUUUACCUUUUUUUGAAACUCCUUUUUUAUGUAAUUUCCUUUGACAUAACCCCCUUCACCAUUAUGACUGAAGUUACUCCAAAUUGAGCAUUUGUCCUGUCUUUUGGAACUUAGCCAUACACUGUGCUUUUUAAAAUGUAAUGGUAGUGGCAGGGAAUGUUUUUGUCUGUACUCAAUGAAAACUGGAUUGGGGCUUCUGUGCUAACGGUUUGUUUUCCCUUAGGUGCUGCUGUAAAUUUGACCCUGGUCACCCCCGAGAAGGCAAUCAAGCUGGCUGCUAAUGACUUCUUCAGACAUCACCUCUCUAAGGACGGAAAGGGCCAGACGGUGUUCAAAGAGAUGCUGGCAGGUUGUGGUGCAGGCAUGUGCCAGGUUGUGAUCACCACCCCCAUGGAAAUGCUCAAGAUACAGCUACAGGACGCAGGCAGACUUGCGGCCCAGCAGCAAAAACCCGUCAUGAUGUCUCCCACCAAGCUUGUGGCCACGAACACCAUGCUCAGCCGCUCCUACAACUCUGGGACGGUGGUCUCAGCACCACGAGCUGUGUCUGCCACACAGAUAGCAAAGGACCUCCUCCGUACGCAGGGCAUCCAAGGGCUCUACAGAGGGCUGGGGGCGACACUGAUUAGGGAUGUUCCCUUUUCUAUUGUCUACUUCCCAUUGUUUGCCAACCUGAACCGCCUUGGCAAACCCAGUCCUGAGGGGUCGUCGCCCUUCUAUUGGGCUUUCCUCUCUGGCUGUGUGGCAGGUUCUACUGCCGCUGUGGCGGUUAACCCCUGUGAUGUGGUGAAGACUAGACUGCAGUCACUGAACAAAGGGUCCAGUGAGGAAGCUUACAAUGGCGUUGUGGAUUGUGUAAGUAAAAUAAUGCAGAAGGAGGGGCCCUCUGCCUUCCUGAAAGGUGCUGGCUGUCGAGCUCUGGUCAUUGCUCCUCUGUUCGGCAUUGCACAGGUUAUGUACUUUGCUGGCAUUGGCGAAUACAUCCUGGACAACUCUCCUCUAAACCUCCUUUUGGCAUGAGAGCAUAUCAACUUGCUGGCAGGCUAUGCAUAGGACCAUCUGAGCGUAAAUGGUGGAACAACUGGCAGCUACAUACCAUCAGUUUACAGCAAAAGAAAAUCGCACAAGUCUUGUCCGACUAAGUCAAAGGCUUAUGAAGACUUGUGUGUGGUCUGACUGCUGUGUUGCACUCUUAACACUUUUGUGACUUAUUCAGUAGGCUAUAGCCAAUGUUUGCACUUGAAGCGGUUAGCCUUACUGGGCUGGGGGACUCAGAGUUGCAGUGUUAUUCUUUCUUUGUCCUUGACAGUCCUCUUCUGUUUCCCUCUGUGAGGGAGGGGAGCUCACUCCAUCAAAGAACCAGACCUAUUUUUAUGUUUUCUUCCUUGCUAUCACUUUCCAUAUUUGUUUAUGCAUAUGCUAGUUUUAUUUUGAAUUGCUGAAUGCAGCAGCUUUGCAGUACUUUGUAUGUUUUGUCUUUUCCAUUUUCUGUCUCAUGUUACAAUUCCUUCCAAGUUGGAACAAAGGUUUAAAAUGGGGGGGACACAUGGGGCCCAAUAUAACAAUUCAUUGCAAAGGGAUCAUUUUACGUUAUCAGUUUGAAUAACCUUGAAUACCACUGAUCAUGAACCAUCCUACUGACAUGGGACCAUAUGGUCUGCUAAACCAUAACCGUGUCCUGUUAUAUAUUUAAUGUUAGUUCUAUAGUUGUUAGUAGUCUGUGAACUGCAGUGUUUGUAUCUUAAUACUUGCAAAAAAACUUGAGAUGCAUUCAUGCACACCAUGUAUGUUUGUCCACAUAACGUUACAUAUGCAUACCUGAACCUCAAGACUUUCUUUGGUUUAUACCUUGACAGAGCAGACUGACAUUUCUCUAUGAGUAAACACUCUUAGCCAAAAAAGCAUUAUUACUGUGACUGAGCGAGAGAAAGAUGACUGUUACCAUAUGUUGUGUUUGUAAAGGCUUUUUGUACAUCCCAUUAAACUCUGCAAUGUA